AUGCAGCCCCACACGGCACCACGAGCACACCGAACGUGUUGCGUCUCUCCACGCUUCCCAGGCUUCGGAACUGCCCGGAUCUCAUCCCCGGGUGCAAUUUUAGCCCAGGAGCCAUCACAGCCCGCCUCGACUCCGGGGGGGGGGGGGGGGAAACACACCGAGUGUGGGCACAUUUCUCCAGUGUCGCACCACAUCCUUCAUCCAUGCAAACUCCCCAAAGUUAUUGAACCUCCACCCUCAGAUCUCCCUCCCUCCCGGCUCGAUAGAUUCCACACGCGAGUUCCAGGGAAUGUGCGAGCUUUGCUGAUGUCCCCGGCAGAACGGUUCCCCUCAGAAAUCCCCACAGAGGGAAAAAAACGGAACAAAAAGCCCAAGUCUGGAGAAAAUCAAAGCUGCUCUGACUGCGAGUGCCAGCCGAGGGCUGCGGCGGGGAGCAGCCCGGAGGUCCCGCUCCGGCCGCCCCGCUGCCCCCGCAUCCACCGCCUCCUCCGCUCCGCGCUGCCCGCCCGUCCCGGGGCCGCUCCCGCCCCGAGCCUCGCCGGGAUCCCGCAGCUUCCCGCAGAGCCAAACACCUCGGGGAGACACCCGGCACCUCCCGCAUCCUCCCGGCGUGUGCGCGGAGGCGGAGGGGCCGCGCCCGCGGUGCCCGCCCGCCCCGGGAGCCGCCGCAGGGCUCAAGGCCCUCUCCUCCUUGCUGGCCAGAAGCCCAGCCCGCGUUUCAUGGAAUCGUGGAAUUACGGAAUCAGGGAAUUUUUUUAUAUUAGCAAAGACUCAUCAAGAAGUCCGGCCAGUCCACCCAGCACUGCCAAGGCCACCACUGAACCCUGUCCUGAAAUGCCACUUCUACACAUCUUUUAAAUCCUUCCAGGGAUGGUGAUUCCACCAGUGCUGGGGCUGGACAACACUUUUCCUGAAGAAAUUUUUCCCAAUAUCCAGCCCCUCUCUUCUGGUGCAAUCUGGGGCCAUUUCCAUUUGGCCUAUCAAAGGG